AUGAAUGUCGUUGUGGUAGGACUAACGUUUUUCCUACUCCCGCUUCUGGGAUCGACUCAAUUUCUUGACAUGGCCUGUGGGAUUCGAGCUCAUAGCCCCAGUGUUCCACGGGUCAAGAAUGGAACUGUGGCCAGCUUGACUUCGAGUCCCUGGAUGGCUUUUCUCCACUCAACGGACGGAAGAUUCAUUUGUGGCGGAUCUCUGAUCACGAAUCGUCUGGUACUAACUGCCGCGCAUUGCUUCCUUGAUAGAACAGAGUUAGUAGCUCGGCUAGGAGAGUAUGACAGAGAGGAGUAUGAGAUGUGUCACGAUAGUUACUGUACCUAUAGAAUAGAAGCUAUGGUGGAGAGAGGCUUCCGGCAUCGACAUUACAAUCCAAUGACGAUGGCCUACGAUAUAGCAAUUCUUCGUCUGUACAGAAAAGUGCAGUACACAGAUAAUAUAAGGCCCAUCUGUAUUGUAAUAGACCCCAGAUGGAGGAAGUACAUCGACUCCUUGGACCCAUUGACUGGCACUGGAUGGGGCAAGACGGAAUCUGAGGGAGACAGUGCCAAGCUCAGGACCGUCGACUUGGCUCGCAAACAUCCGGAGGUUUGCCGGAGGUAUGCCACACUAUCCCUGACGGCCAACCAGUUUUGUGCUGGUAACGAGAGAAGCAAUCUGUGCAACGGCGAUUCCGGCGGUCCGGUUGGGGCAUUGAUCCCGUACGGAAAAUCGAAACGUUUCGUCCAGGUGGGAAUCGCUAGCUUCACAAACACACAAUGCGUGAUGGUUAGCGUUUUUACAGAUGUGAUGAGCUAUGUCGACUGGAUUCUCGCAGUGCAUAACUACCACAAAUAA